GGCAAGCAACACCGUCCUCCUUCCCAACAUUGGACGGUCAUUGUUUGCUUUGCUUUGCUUUGCUUUGCCUUGCCGCUUGAGCAUUGAGGGACUCACACGCGCAAAGGCAUUUUCUUUCAAAGAGAGGGAGAGGGUGGAAGAUACUCUAGGCAAGAGGGGAUUCAAGAAACGUCCAAACAAAUGGCUCCAAAGGAUGAUUUAUCAACGGAUCCGCCGUGCCAUUCUCGAGCAUGUGCUAUCCAGGACUGCCUAGCCAAGAACUCUUACAAUGAAGCCAAGUGCAGAUCACAGGUUGAUGCCUUGUACGAAUGUUGCAACCGGUUCUACGAAAGAUUUGGCGAUGAUGCACAGAGUGCAAGUUGCCCGAAGCCGAAUCUGCUGAGGCUGAAGAUGAAGCAAAGGGCGGAAGAGGUUGGCUCUAAGUGAGCUGGCAACAGAUCACCUGGAAAUCCACAAUGUUGCCAGAUCCAUGUACAUAGCCUUUUCUUCCUCGUCACUGGGCGCAAAUUUCCCAGUCAGACUCCUCUUACUCUACUUAAUGUAUCCCAGAUUUCCUCAGCUAGGUAGAGAUCAUCUAUGUAAGCUAGGUAGAGAUCAUCUAUGUAUACCUAUAUGUGGU